AUGGGUAAACCUAAAUCUUUGCUAAGACGUCACUCUGAAAGGUUAAAUCUUGAACUCAUUCAUAAAGGUUCAGAUGAAUACGAUGAGGAUGCUCCUGCUAAGGAUGAUGCAGUCGACAUUGAAAACGGCGAUGAUACAACAAGGGUGGAAAAGAGAAACAUUCCAAAAGACCUGUUAGUAGCUGCAAGAUUUACAGAGAGAAUCAAGAAAGAACCAGAAGUACAAAUUGGGAUGGCUCUCGUUGUGAACUAUGUUCUCAAAGACCCAUCAGCUGUUUUGGAAUGUGCUAGCAAGAUUAAGGAAGAGCUGAAAGAAAAGGGUGAGCAGGAUAGAGCAGAGGCUACUGUUGCUCCAUUUGCUGAGGAUUUUGUUCUUGAGCAGGAUACUCUCAACAUUAAGAAAGAGGAGGAUUUGGAGGAUACAUCAUUAUCAAAUUUGGAAGUUACAAACAGCACUAAACAAGAAGCAGAAGUAACAUUUGAUGGGGAUGGAGCUGAGAAUUGUAAUUUGGAGGAUACUUCUACGAUAUUGGAACAUACGAACGACAUCAAACAAGAAGCAGAAAUAACAAUUGACGAGGAUGAAGUUCAGGAUUAUGUUCUUGAAAACCUGCUACCAGUUUCGGAAUGGACUAACAACAUUAAAAACGAGCCAGAAUUAACAAUCGACAAGGAUGAAAUGGAGAAUAAUGAUCUUGGUCGACCAUCAUCUUCGGAAUGGACUUAUAACAUUAAAGACGAGACAGAAGCAGCACUUGAAGUGGAUCGUGAUGAGAAUAAUGACAUGGUCUCAACAGAAUAUGCAUCAAAUACUACAUGGUCCAGCCAGAUUAUGGAAAAAUUCCCCAGCACUUCACGAGGAAAUGUUCUUCAAAAACUGAUACACGGUGCUCUGCUGCUCCCAAUCUACACAAAUGAUUUAGUAGACAAUCUGAGCAACGCUCCUAGAUUGUUUGCAGAUGAUGCUAUCGUUUACCAUCUAGUAAAAUCAGAAGGUUACAACUUAUUGCAAAGUGAUUUAGACAAGAUACCUGCGUGGAGCAAAAAGUGGCAGUUGACUCUAAAUAAUGAAAAAUGUGAGGUUAUCCACUUGCGGACAAAAAGGAGUAUGCUAAAUUUCGGUUACGCAAUAAAUCACGCAAAUCUAAACACUGUCUGUUCAACUAAAUACAUAGGAAUUACUGCUAUGAACAAUAUAAACUGGAAGAUCAAUUACAUAGAUAACAUUGUAGGAAGGUGAACCAAAGAGUGUGUUUUAUUGGCAGAACACUUAGAGUGUGCAACAGGUGUGCUGAAGAGAGUGCCUGCACUAUGCUUAUCUUUCCUCUUCUGGAGUCUUGCUGGUUGAUACAGGAUGCUUACCAGAUAGCACUGACAGAGGACAUCGUAAAUUCCAAAGGAGAGCUGCUCAUUUUGUGUUAUCGUGAAAUAAGGGAGGAGGGAAGUGUCACAGGUACGAUACUCAAGUUGGGGUGGCAGUCAUUGAAUGGAAGGCAAUUCUUAUUGUGGAGAGAUCUUUUCAAAGAAUUUCAAUCACCAAUUUUCUCUUUCAAAUGCAAAAUAUUUUCUUGAUGCCCACCUGCACAGGGAGAAAUGGUCAUAGUGAUAAAAUAAGAGGAAUCAGAGCUCACACGGGAAUAUUUAUUUAUUCGUUUUACCUACAUUUUUCCUGAGUGUGGAACAGUAGAGAAAUAGUCUGAAGGUGGUGCGAUGAACCCUCCACCAAGCAUUUAAAUGUAAAUCACAGAUUAGUCUUGUAGACGUACUUCCGAUGUGUAUUUAUAUUAUCUGAGAAACAAAAUAGUCCAUUGUCGCACAUGUAAUGCUCUCUCGCUCACUACAUGCAAGUUUAUGUCUUCACGGACUGCUGAAAGAGCUGAUAUUUUUGUGGCAUCAUAUAAAACUACAUUUUAUUUUUAUGGUUAUAAAAUAUGAAACAAAAAACUAACCAAUUUUUUAAAAACUGACUGAUGUACAAAGAUGUUCUUUGAAAUAAACAAAUUCCUCCAGCUG